UUUGGCACCUUAAUUCUCGCUUAGCUUCCACACACACACACACACACACAAAAAAAAAAAAAUUGCCUUUCAUUCCAUGGGCGUCGAGAAAUUAAUCUCCGACGUGAGGUUAUCGUCCGUCGUGCCGGCGACUAUCACGGGAGACGAUAAAGUCCAUGAAUUUACCAACACGGACUUAAUCAUGAAGCUUCAUUACAUUAAGUGUCUUUAUUUUUUCAAAAAUGAUGUAGUUGAAGGUUUGGAUAUUCAUGACCUAAAAAAGCCCAUGUUUCAACUUCUUGAGCUUUAUUAUCAUGCUUCCGGCAGGAUUAGGCGGUCCGGUGGCGGCGAUGACGGUGGCAGGCCGUUCAUAAAGUGUAAUGACAGUGGUGUUAGGAUUGUAGAAGCAAAGUGUAGAAAUAAAACAAUUGAUGAAUGGUUGGCUAUGUUUAUGAAUGAUGCAUCUGUUAAUGAGGAGCUUGUUUAUGAUCAAGUUCUUGGUCCUGAUUUGGGAUUUGCACCUCUUCUGUUCAUACAGUUCACUUGGUUCAAAUGUGGAGGGAUGUCAAUUGGGCUAAGUUGGGCUCAUGUCCUUGGAGAUGCAUUUUCAGCUUCAAAUUUCCUCAACAUUUGGGCACAAAUCAUGGCUGGUCAACUCCCACCUCAAUUUCUGAAGAAGCCAACAAUAACCAACAAAUUCAUCAAUAGUCCAUUAUUAUUAUCUCCAGUUGAGAGGUUACCAUUUUUUAUAAAGAGAGUUGAUCCAGUCGGUGAUCAUUGGAAACUCACCAACACUUGCAAAAUGCAAUCACAUUCUUUCCAUAUCACACAAAAGCAACUAAACCAACUAAUUUUCAAGGGUUGUGGAACUAAAGUGAAGCCUUUUGAUGCAAUUUGUGCUACAGUGUGGAAAAUUUUGGCUAAGGUAAGGGGGAAAUAUUCAUCAGAGCCCAAUAUUGUGACAAUUAUACGUAGGGACGACAAAUCUUGUGACAGAAAAACAACUGAAGUGUCAAGCAACGGUCAAGUGAUUAGCAUAAUUGAAGCAAAUAACGUCAUAGUUUCUGAGGCUGAUACUUCAAAAUUGGCGAAGUUGAUUGCUGAAAAGGUUGUGAACGAGACUAGAGUUGUCGAAGAUUUAAUGAAAAAAGAAAAUGGCACUUCGGACUUUGUUGUGUAUGGGGCAAAUCUCACAUUUGUGAAUCUUGAAGAGGCAAAGAUUUAUGAUUUGGAAGUUAGGGGUAAAAAACCAAUUUUUGCAAGUUAUAACAUAAGUGGGGUUGGUGAUGAAGGUGUUGUUUUGGUAUUGCCAGGGCCUAAAAAUUUGAAUGGAAAAGAAGGUGGAAGGAUAGUGAAUGUGAUUUUGCCUGAAGAUCAAAUUGAAGGGUUGAAAAAUGAGAUGAGAGAGGCAUAAAGUGUUUUUCGAAAUUAAAGAGACGAUUUACUUUCUAUUUGCAUGGCCAUAUGAUAAUUAAGGUUCUUGGCUUUUGUAGUUUCAGUGUUUAAAGUUGAAGAGUCAAUGUUUAUUUGAUUAUCGUGACGAUUUAUAAAAGCAAAACUUCAUAUGA